GAUUUCUUUUCUUUGCGAUACUGUCUAAUACGACUUGCACAUAAACCUGGCAUUCUAUUGACACAUUCAGCUAGCAUGGCGAAGAGCAAAAAAGUAUCUCGGAAUUCCCUGGUACGGGUUUCUGCCCUCAAAGGUGGCCCGACGACGGCGGUGAAGGCGAAAGCUGCAGAGAAUGUCGAGACAGCUUUGCCACUUCUACAGAAGCUUACCUCGUCAGAUGCCAAAGAACGUGCGAUGGCCGCAUCAGCUAUAUCAAGUCUUCUAGAAAUCCCUACAGUUCGAAAAGUGCUUCUGAAGGAGAAAUUGGUCAAGAUACUUAUCGAACGAUCUCUCACCGACUCAUCUGAAGAAGUCGUCACCGAAGCCUUUGGCGCCUUACGAAAUCUCGCGCUUGAAGAAGGUUACGAUGUGUGCGUUUUCAUAUGGCGCAAAGAUAUUUUAGCGUCGAUCGAGAUUUAUUUGAGCAAGAUCCAAGCUAGUCUAUCUACAAUAGGCUCGCUUCCGGCAGCCGAGAAGAAACAGAUGUUUGUACUGCUGGAAAACAUCUUAUCUCUCCUUACAUCUCUCAGUGGCGCAUCGGACGAGAUCCGGGAUUCCAUCGCCAACCGCUUUCCUGAGCUGCUAGUCUUUGACUUGAGUCUUAUCGAUGGCACUGCCAUUCCUGAAUCCGUUAAGACUCUUGCUGCCGAAAAUCUCUAUGCGCUGACUGAACAGAAUCCGUCUUACAAUGAGUCAAUUCAGAAUUCUGGAUUCAUUCCUGGAGACAGUCUUAGUCAUCUGGUGAACAUGUAUAUUGCUGGCGUUCAAUUCAAUAUUUUCGAAACCAGCACCACUUCGUCAAUCGAUAUUCUCGAUAUUGUUACGUCCGUAUACAAACUUCUUGCGCAAAUUGAUAUCAAAUCCGCGUUGGCAAAUGCACGUUCAGAAAGUGAAAAAGAUGUGGUUGAAUUUCCGUCGCCAGCUAAUGACAAGACAACGGCUGCUCAGAACGAUAUCAUCACCGUGCAGCUUGGACUUGAGCUCCUAACUGUGGUCAGUGAGGCUCUGGUUCACCGUGAUUCUGCCCACUUAAAAAAAUAUGAAGGUAGAGAAGAGGCUGGAGAUGCCGAAGAUGAAAUUUUGGAGGAUGUUGAUGGCGAAAUCGAGGAUGACGUUCCCGAAAUUGAAGAGUCUGGGUCAGAAGAUAACGAAAUGACUGAUCACGCCGCCCCGAGUCAGAAAAAGCUGGACAAUCCUACUGCCGCACUUCUAUUGGAGCGAGUUUUUUCGCUGGUAGCUUCGUUGUCGGAUUUUGACGAGCUGCGAUCCCGCGCUUUGAAUGCACUGAAUAAUAUGAGCUGGACUUUGAAUACUCUCUGCGAGUCUUAUCUACCCUGGACGGAGAUGGCUCGUGAGCAUUUCCUGCAAUUUGCAGCCACCCUACGAGAUGUCAAUCAUUUGGACAUCGAGAGCCGGUGCGGUCUGGCGGGCGCAUUAUGGGCUUGUGCUGCUCAAUGCAAGGGUGACAUUCCACUUGAGCUCUCCGAUGCUCGGUGGCUAUUAAAGCAAUAUCAAGAGCUGGAAGGGGGCGAGGGAUCAUUAGAGUGCCGUGUACGUUUCGUUGGUCUUUUUGGAGUGCUGGCGCAAGCGCAAGGACGAGCAGAAGUUACUAAGGAGUUUUCUGUGUUUUUGUUAACACAAAUCAAGGCGCUGCCUAACAAAGAGCCUGAAAUUGUGAUUGAAUCUCUAAAUGCUCUGUUUGAUAUAUUUGCGGACAAGAAUUUCGAUUAUGAUGCCGAAGUGUUUGUGAAGGGUGACUUCCUCAAACAUCUGGCUUCUGUGCAGGAUCAGGUGAAGCAAAUGGCGAAACGGAUUGACAAGCGGAAAGAAAACAUUCUUAGAACUAGAGCCGACGAAGCGGUUCAUAACCUGAUUCGGUUUAUAGCAUAUAAAGCUAGAGAGCAGCGAAGACGCUGAUGUGAUAUUAUAUCAUAACAAUUGAAGGCUUUGAUUUUUUUGUCUAUGAGCAAUAAUGUAACAAAAAAGUAAAGCGAAGUUGAGAGCAAUUUAUUCUGCAGUCCUGUAGAGUCCUUUCGAA